AUGGCUCAAAAGAAAGGAGAUACAUUGGACCCAGCUGAUGCAAAUGUAGCCAUGUUGUUGGAUUUCAUGACGGACGAAUUGUCAGAGGCGGAGGCAGACGAGGACUGUGGACCUCGGGAACCGGUUUCCGAAGAAGAGAGCGAGGAUUCAGAAGAAUCUGACAUUGAUGACGCCGACUGUGUUCCCUCAAAGCCAUUACUGAUUGAUGCUGAAGGAACUCGUGAUUUUCGCAAGGAUAGGAGCGACCCUGUUCGCAUUAUUGUUUUGGACAUGGAUUAUGAAAGAAAUGUCGCGAAGCAGUCUGCGGUACGAAGAAGGAGUCAAAUGACCGACCAGAGAGACGGAACUCCGACUCAUAUCCGGAAAUUUGAGUGCAGACCUACCUCUUCGCUGGAAUAG